AUGCGCGACGCAUUCUAUACACAGCUGUUGGCCUCUUCGCCAACGCAAGUCGGAUUCAACGAAUCCAACCAAGAAACGAUAAACAGUGAUGGUCUAUCUUCUACACCCGACGAGGGCUUUGAUAUUGUAGACGAUGACCGGCGCAACACACACAAUGACAGUGUGACGGACGUCGGUGAAAUUGAUGAUGCGCACAACUGUGUGACUGAAUCCACAUCCACUUCUGACACGGAUGAUUCUGACAUGGCCAAGCAAAUUGAUGCAGCUGGUGAAGGUGAAUCUUUACUUGGCUCUGACAGCUCUGACGAUGACGAACGUCUGGCCAAGGAGGAGGAGUACCUUAUUCAAGAAGUGAUACAAGGCAGCCACAAUAGGGGUGCAUGCUUUGAUAACAGUGCUGGGAAAGUAUUUGACAUUAAUAACGAAGACAAUCCAAGAGAACAUAACGAAUUUUGGAAUUCUCUAUCGCCAAACGUCAGGACCCAAGAGAAUGGGGUGCUUGGCGAGGAAAUGUUCAAGCCGCAACGCGGGUUUGCUUCAUCCCCUGAACCAUCUUUUUCCGACUUCUUUGUGUCGUCUGAUGAGAUGGAUGCGCAGCAAACGGAGGACGACUGCGAUGACGACGAAAUGCUUACGACCGAUGAAGAUUCUAUGAGUGGUUCAGAAAGCGACUCUUCUAUCAGCAAUGCAUCGCUUUCAACACCUCUGCUUGCCCAUUACGGUGCUGCGCAAACAGACAGUGAUCAAAAUGACACUUUAUAUGAUGGAGAGGAGCUGGACGAAGAUGGGUCACUAAAGAGUGCUAUCCCAUUGCUUGUAAUCGAGGAUCUCGACGGCCGGCUUAUAUACGCUAGGGCCGGAGAUGGCGAAGCUGUCUUUGGCUCGGAUGGCGAAUUUGAAUUUGCCGAAGAGAGCGAAGAUGAGAGUUCCAGCGACGAAUUUUCCGACUUUGCGCAGACGCAUUCCUACAAGGCAGAGAACAAGACAGGUACUGAUACGACCUUGUCGAACACCGAACACUCUGGUGUGGAUACUCUUGACGGUGAUACGACCGACGAAUUACCUGAUGAGGACAUGCCCUAUCCAAGACUACUGGUCGGAUCAGUUGCGCCCAAGGGUGGGAAAAAUGCCCGCCGCGCUCGCGAGAUUGCGGCGCGAUGUAGGCUACUCUCUCCUAGGCCGUCUUCUGUGCUAACAUCGGCUGGUCGCAGUACUUUUUCGCGGGUUCCUAGUGCUCUUUCCAUGAUUUCUAAGGUUGCCGACGACCAGACUGAUGCGUCCUCAGAGAGCCCCGAGCCAGUUGGCAAUGCGAAAGAAGCAGCAACUGGGGCCAAGCUUUUUCGAGACGCAAAGACUAGAGAAGGCAACUUUGUGAAGCCCGAAAUGGGGGAGUUUAUGCCCGCAAUGUCAAAGUCUGUGCGUCGCGCUGUGAUUGACGGAUCACAUCGUGCGCCAUCCCCAUUCAUCGACCGUAACCGCUUGCAACAUGCGCUGGGCCGCAAACGGCAAGGGAAGGGAGAUGCUGAAGAUUCGUUGGAGCAUGCAUUGCAAGGGUCUCGGCGCUUGAAGCGCAAGAGAGCGCCGACUCAAAAUUCUUUUCAUGCACUUACAAAUCGUGGGCCUUUGGCGGAUCUUACGAGCCAAAACAUGUCUUCCAACCCUGAGUCUAUGGACCAAGGAUCGAUGAUGGAUCUGUGCGACGUACUGGAUGAGAAUCUUCUCUGGCAGGAAGUUGACAGCCAAGAACCCCCGUGCGACAACGAUGAUCAUGGCGAACUGGUUUCCCGAGAUACGCAUGCGAAUGCAAAGCAACGUAGCCGCAGCCGCAGCCAAUCGUCCGCGCAGGAAGGAGGUGGGCUUGGUUUGAACUACAAUGCAUUCGCGCGUUGGAAUCGUAUUCCCAUGGCGGCAUUUCGUGACUCGCAAAAGCAAGCUGGUGGUACAACUUCACCGGCACUUCCUUCUUCGGCGUAUACAGUGAGUCAGAACUCGCCGAACGCGUAUCUGUUGAUGCAUCCAUUGCAUACGGAUCGAAAGCAAUAUUUGUCUAAUCCCAUGCGAACCCCUUCUCGCCUACGAAAACAAAAGACACCAUUCCGACGUGGCUCAGGAAGCCUUCAUGACCAGCAAAUUGCGGACUCGCCGCUCCACCGGACGUUGGCUGACUCUACGCUGUCACCGGACGAUAACCGCCAGGCGGGGAUGGUAUCCUCACUUUCAUCUUUGCCUGACUUUGAUGCAAGAAAACAAGAUACCGGAUCACAAACAUCCGCCAAAUUUGGUGAUCACACAGUUGUUGGUGGUCGAUUCCUGGUUUCGCCAAUGCUGAGGCCUGUGAAACAUAUAGGCCGAAAGCAAUCGACAGGGAAUCUUGGUGCGCCCAGCUCGUCCGAUCCGCUUCCCAAAGUCGACUAUACCGCGCCAUUGUCUGGCGCACCUGUACGGAAAGUAACAAAGAAGGAAAAACGCGAGAAAUUGGCGCGUCGUGCGGCUCUGAAACGACACAGUUUAGAUCGGUCAGACCGACUCGGCGAUAGCAUUAGCUCUCCCCACAUUGCCCCUUAG